AAAAAUCAGAACAAUUCAAGUCGCGUCUCAAAAUCACGAAAAAUGUUCACAAUGGAAAAAUGUUUUUGCGUAAUUUUAAUUAUCACGUUUGUGUCUUCAAGACCUGCGGAAUUCGACGCUUUGAUCGGACCGUUCCGUCAAAUACGACUUGCAGCUUUUAAAUUCAUAAACAACACGAGUCAACAAAAUUUACCAAUUUUGAGAGCUAGAAAUAAAGUGCAACAAGUGGCCGAAAUUGCAUUCCCGUGUCCUCUGAACAACACCCGGAGUUUGCAGCCUCCGGAAAAUGUUAAUAAAGUCCGUCCCGGAGACAUUGAUGUGAUUGCCGGGCUUGGCGACAGCAUAACAGCAGGAGUUGGUUUGAUGGCAAUCAACCUCCUGCAAAUUGUUCUGGAAUAUAGGGGAAUCGCCGCUACUGCUGGGGGCGAAGCUUCCUGGCGCAAAUAUUUAACUCUUCCCAACAUUUUAAAAGUUUUCAAUCCGAAUUUGACCGGUUUUGCGACCGCAACGACGCUCACUCUGGAUCCAGAAUCGAGGUUUAAUGUUGGCGAAAGUGGGGCUGUUUCAGAGGACAUCCCGUAUAUGGCGAAAGUUAUGAUUAAGAGAAUGAUGGUGGAUCCGAAUAUUGAUAUUCAGAAACAUUGGAAGAUGGUGACUUUAAUGAUCGGUCCCAAUGAUUUCUGCAGUCAAAUUUGCUUCAAAAAUAAUCUCACUGCUAUUUUAGAAGAGCAUAAAAGUGAUUUGUUGCAAGUUUUAAGAAUUUUAAAGUAUAAUUUGCCUAGGACGAUUGUUAAUGUGAUACCACCACCAAAUCUAGAAAUUUUAAUUGGGUUUACUGGUGUCCCACCAAAGUGUAAACUUACUCAUUUAUUUGAAUGUCCAUGUCUUUUUGGACCCACGAGUCAUAACAGACAAGACAUUUAUAUUAAAUUGAUGCAACAAUGGCAAAAUUUGGAUAUGGAAAUUGUUAACAGUGAAGAAUUCGAUAGCGACGACUUUACCGUUGUUGUUCAGCCGUUUACUCUUGAUUUUUUUCUACCAAAUUCGACAGAAGGUGUGACCGAUUAUUCGUAUUUGGCUGAAGACUGUUUUCACAUGAGUCAAAAAGGAAACGCUAGGAUAGCGAACGCCCUGUGGAAUAAUAUCAUGGAACCGGUGGGGCAAAAAUCCACACGACCUGUUGAAAUUUUAGAAAAAUUUAAUUGCCCUUCGGAGGAACACCCGUAUAUUUUUACACGAAAAAACAGUGUCAGGUAGCGCAUUUUGUAAUAACGGAAAAUAAAAUUCAAGUAAUUUGUUAU